GAUUGCGAAUUUCGCGGUUAAUCAGAACGAUCAAGCUUGUCGCUUGUCACGUCAGUCUGCCGGCAAGCCUCGUGUUUGUUGCAUCUGAUAAUGGCUUUAAUGCCAAGAGAAUCCGGCAAAUUAGUUGCCAGCUUAGCCAAGGAUGUAUUUAUCGAGAAGGAAGGCAUAAAGAACCUGGCGCUGGCGGUCCUUGACGGCUUCAAGACUCGCAAGAUUCGCCCAGGUAAUUUCUCGCAGGUUAAGUUCCACCCGAAGCGCGACGAUCCCAGGGCGGCCGAUUGGAUAUUCGUGCUGGACACGUUGAAUUUUUCCUUCUGGACGGAGACGGGCGCCAAGAAGUGGAGGGUUAACGGAGAAACCGGGUACUUCGCAUUCUGCGCCGCUAUCAAGAGAGCCAUCGAUGAAGGCAAGCCGAUGUGGGAUCCCAAGUAUUACUCGCAGAUUACGCAGCAGGACGCCGAAGUGAUCUUUCGCGGUGACGACGACACCGGCAUCCCCCUCAUGCAAGACAGGCUGACAAAUUUGCACGAGGCUGGCAAGGUUCUAUUGAACAAGUACCAGGGCACGUUCGUACGACUCGUCGAGUCAUGCGGAGGCUCAGCGGACAAGCUGCUCAAGCUGAUCGUCAGUGAAUUCGCGUCGUAUCGAGACGAGGCUGAUUAUGAAGACGCCAAUUGCAAGUACAGAAUCAGUAUCUACAAACGAGCCCAGAUACUGAUAGGCGACAUAUGGGCCUGCUUCGAGGGGCGUGGACUGGGUAAAUUCCAGGAUAUAGACUGCAUUACGAUGUUCGCGGACUACCGUAUCCCUCAGGUUCUCGUACACUUCGGCGCUAUGCGCUACAGCAACCUGCUCAUGAACAAACUCAAGUCUGAUGAGCCACUGAAGCAGGGGAGCAGAGAGGAAGUAGAGCUACGUGCGUGCUCCAUCGAGGCAGUCGAGCAGGUGUGCGACGAGGUGUGGAGACUUAUUCAAGCCGAUUCAGGGAUGGGCCUGGAUCCAACGGCGGUCAACGCCAUCGCGAUUGAUCAUUUUCUGUGGGACUAUCGACGAGAGCACGCUGAAGAAUUGGAGCACAUACCAUUCCACAAAACUAGGACAAUAUACUAUUAGAACGUAAUGUUGUAAAUGUCACUAAGCGUGGAGAAAUGUAAAAUUAAAUUCCUAUAUAUUGAAUACAAAGAUGUAACAUGAUCAUGUCAAGAAUGACGUCACAAUUUGUAUUUGCUGAAAUUGAUUUCAGAAUUAAAAAUUCAAAUUACUGUUA